AUCGGAGAAAAAAAAAAAAAUCAGAAAGUUCAAAACCUCAAUUGAAGAAUUUCAAUUUUCUCCGCUCAAAAUUUUGUGUUUGAGAAAAAUUCAUAGUGGAACAUGCCGUCGUCUCCCAAGUUAUUCUACGCGCGCCCGUCUUCCUACAGCCGCAGAUCGGCGGUCCUGAUCUUCUGUUUGCUGAUCGGGUUCUCGGGUUUCGUAUUCGGGUUUAUCGCGAUUUCACGGCAGGGUCUGGGGAGCAAUUGCAAAUUCGGUAAACCCCUAUCGGUUUCUGUUACCUGGGAUAAGUCCUCUAUCGUUAGCGGUGGCGGUGGCGGUGGUGGUCUUAGUAGGAGGAGUGGCGGCGGCUUUACGAAUGAGGGGCAAAAGCGUCACAAAGUGAUGGGAUUUGUGGGUAUUCAAACCGGGUUUGGAUCCGCCGGCCGCCGCAAGUCUUUGCGGCAGACUUGGUUUCCCUCCGAUCACCAGGGGCUCCAACGGUUAGAAGAAAGCACGGGUUUGGUCUUCAGAUUCGUAAUUGGUAGAACCAACGAUGCCUCGAAGAUGUCAGCACUCAAAAAGGAGGUGGCCGAGUAUGAUGAUUUUUUACUACUAGAUAUCGAAGAGGAGUACAGUAAGCUCCCAUACAAAACCUUAGCUUUCUUCAAAGCUGCUUAUGCUCUUUACGAGUCUGAUUUCUAUGUCAAAGCAGACGAUGACAUAUAUUUACGACCAGAUCGCCUUUCCUUACUCCUCGCUAAAGAGCGUCCGCAUUCGCAGACAUAUCUUGGGUGCCUGAAAAAGGGUCCCGUGUUUACUGAUCCAAAGUUAAAAUGGUACGAACCUCUGUCGAAUUUGCUUGGGAAGGAGUACUUUCUUCACGCUUAUGGUCCAAUUUAUGCCCUUUCUGCAGAUGUUGUUGCAAGCUUGGUUGCGUUAAGAAAUAACAGUUUCCGAAUGUUUAGCAACGAGGAUGUGACAAUCGGUUCAUGGAUGCUUGCAAUGAAUGUCAAUCACGAGGACAGUAAGCAUCUAUGCGAAGCAGAGUGCUCCCCCUCGUCUAUUGCUGUGUGGGAUAUUCCCAAGUGUUCAGGACUGUGCAAUCCCGAGAAGAGGAUGUUGGAACUUCACGAAAAAGACAUUUGUUCGAAAAGCUCGACUCUUCCAACUGAAGAAGAGGACUAGAUUACUAGUUUCUCCUUUAACUGCAAAUUAAAAAAAAAAAAAAAAAAAAGAAAAAGAAAAAAGUGGGGGGAAAGUUUUUCAGGACAAUUCUUGCCCAGACCCCAAGUCCUAUGAUGGACUGACAUACAGAUGAUGUUUUCUUUGUGCAUCUUAAUUUUAGAAGAAUAGGAUUCUUGACAGUGUGGAUUGUUGAGGUUUUAGUAAUAUAGAAGGUGGUGAGGGAUUUAUCAAUUCUUGUAAGUUGUAACAGAUUUCCAUUCUUUUUUAUUACAUAUAUUUAGGGGUGAAAGUCGGAU